AUGCUGCAGAUUGGGGAGGACGUCGAUUAUCUGCUGAUCCCCCGCGAGGUCCGCCUGGCCGGGGGCGUCUGGAGGGUCAUCUCCAAGCCGGCCACCAAGGAGGCGGAAUUUCGCGAGCGGCUGACCCAGUUCCUGGAGGAAGAGGGCCGCACCCUGGAGGACGUGGCCCGCAUCAUCGAGAAGAGCACCCCGCAUCCGCCCCAGCCCCGCAAAAAACCCCAAGCGCCCCAGGUGCGCAGGAGAGUGCAGCAGAUGGUGCCGCCUCCACCCCGCCUGGUCGUGGGCACGUACGACAGCAGCAACGCCAGUGACAGCGAGUUGAGUGACUUUGAGACCUCCAGGGACAGAGGCGAGCGAGGCCCGGGCCCGGCCCGGCGGGUUCGCAGGAUGCCCGUCAGCUACCUGGGCAGCAAGUUCCUGGGCAGCGACGUGGAGAGCGAGGACGACGAGGACCUGGUGGAGGCGUUCCUGCGGCGGCGCGAGCGCCAGCCCAGCGCGGCCCCUGCCCGCCGCCGGGGGGCGCUGCCGGUGGAGGACCGCCCGCCGCCGCCCUCCAAGGCCGACAGGUGGCGCGAGUGCGCCGGCCAGGUGUCCUGGGCGCAGCUGAAGCGCCGGGUGAGGAGCUGGGCGCCGCGGUCCUUCCCCGGGGCGGGGGAGGCGCGGUCGACCGAGUCCCGGGCAGAGAGUGACAGGCCUGCCGGGCAGGACCGCGACGUGGACAACACGGGAGAGGGGCAAGAAGCGGGGGGCCCCGCCCGAAGAUGGAAGCCCAAGAUCAGCUGGGGCUCCAUGAGGCUUCGCAGGAGGGAGGAGGCACCAUCCAUAGCUCCGGACGCAGAGGUUCCUAGUUAUCAGGGGGCAGCAGACACAGGUGAUCAGGAGGCAGGGAUCCGAGGUGGCCAGGGAGUACGGGUUCCAGAUGACCAGGGGGCAGAUAUCCCAGGUGCUCAGGGGGCAGAGGUUCCAGGUACCCAGGUGACAGGAGUCACAGGUAAUCAGGGAGCAGGAGUCCCAGGUGACCUGGGAGCAGGGGACCCGGCUGCUCAGGUAGCAGAAGUUCCAGGUGACCAGGGGUCAGGAGUCCCCGGUGACCAGAGGGCAGAGGUCCCACGUGACCUGGGGGCAAGGGACCCGGCUGCUCAGGUAGCAGAAGUUCCAGGUGACCAGGGGACAGGAGUCCCAGGUGACCAGGGGGCAGAGGGUUCCGCUGCCCAGGGGGCAGAAGCCCCAGCUCUCCAGGUGGCCCCAGGGGCAGCCCCAGAAGCCAAGGCCCGGAAACAGGUCAAGACUGUCAGAUUCCAGACGCCCGGGCGGUUUGCGUGGUUCCGAAAGCGCAGGAGAGCCUUCUGGCGCAGCCCCCGGCUGCCCACCCUGCCCAAGAGGGUCCCCCGGGCAGGCGAGGCCAGGAACCUCCGGGUGCUGAGGGCCGAGGCCAGCGUGGAGGAGGGAGAGCAGGAGGGCCAGCUGUGA